UCUCUUUCGUUUUAAUUCCAUAAAAAGUAUUUCACCAACAACACAAGCUUUUUGUAAAAAAUAUUUUUUUACAUUUUUUUUAAAUUUAACAUUUAUUCACCAUGUCUAAAAUCUUUACGCCUACAAAUCAAAUACGUCUUACAAAUGUGGCUGUGGUAAGAUUGAAAAAGGGAGGCAAACGUUUUGAAAUAGCCUGCUAUAAAAAUAAAGUACUUUCCUGGAGAAGUAAUGUGGAAAAAGAUAUCGAUGAAGUUUUACAAACACAUACCGUGUUUACUAAUGUCUCUAAGGGACAGGCCGCCAAGAAGGAAGAACUAAUGAAAGCAUUUGGCAAAUCAGAGGAAACUGAAAUUUGCAAAGAAAUUUUAAUGAAGGGUGAACUGCAAGUGUCAGAAAAGGAAAGACAGUCAGUGCAUGAUACACAAUUGAAUAGUAUCAUUAAUAGUGUGGCUGCCUUGUGUGUUAACCCCGAAACCCGGAGACCUUAUUCCUCUACCAUUAUAGAGAAAUCUCUAAAAGAAGCCCACUUUUCAAUUAAGCCAAAUCGUAAUAAUAAACAGCAAACAUUGGAUGCCAUUAAAUUGCUCAAGGAACACAUGCCCAUUGAAAGGUCCCGCAUGAAGUUGAGAGUCUCCUUUGCGGCUAAAAAGGACAAUGGACCCAAGUUAAAGGAAUCUAUAUUAAAACUCAGCACUGCUGUGGAUCAUGAAGAAUGGGAUGAAUCUACUCUACACAUGACCUUAUUAAUUGAUCCCGGAAAUUAUCGUGUUAUUGAUGAAUUGGUACGCAAUGAAACUAAAGGCAAAGGUUUGGUUGAACUUUUGGAACUUAAGGAAGUGGUGGAAACAGAUGAAAUUUUCUAAACGUUUUGUUGUAACGUUUGUGUUUAUAAUUUAUUUACUCUUUUUUAUUUUAUUUUAAUAACAGUAUGGAUAAAAUAUAAUACGUUUUCUUAAAUAACACUUCAUAGCAAUCAACUAAGCAUA